UAACAGGCAUCCAGACCCCACCCCUUACCAGGCAAUCCUUCUCGGCCUACUUUCGCCUCGCACGAGAAACUUAAUACCUCCAUCGUGUGUGCGCCGAGAGCUGGCUGUAGUACCGUACCGCAGCCACGGGUAGUGAGAUCGUGUAGUGAAGGGCGUGGAGAGGCUGUGACAUGGCCUCUGCUUUGUAUCUAGGGUUCUUCAGGAGUUCGCUUGCCUACUGACGAGGGAAUCCAUGAAGGUGGGAACCUGCUGGCGAGGAUCUACCUGAAGGCGCCCCCACCUCCACAUCAUCUUCAGAAUGGUUGGCUCCAGAAAGGUCGUCGUGUCGGCCCUGCUGGUGCUGAGCGUGGCGCUGGUGCUGGCGGUGCUGCUGUUGCCGCCGUCAGCCUCCGCAGCCGUCGCCGCCAACAGGAAGGUCUCCAUCUGCAUCAAGAACUGCGGCCAGUGUAAGAAGAUGUACACUGACUACUUCAACGGCGGACUCUGCGGGGACUUCUGCCUCCAGACUGAGGGCCGCUUCAUCCCGGACUGCAACCGCCCGGACAUCCUCAUCCCGUUCUUCCUCCAGCGACUAGAGUGAAGGAGGCGCGGCGACGCAAGAUGAUGCCGUGGUGUUGUGGCGCCUGACGCACCGCCCCUCGAGAUGCACACACGUCCCCACACCGUGUUGGUCGUCGGCAGCGGCAGGAGAAGGGACAUGACGACGGUGCUGCCCUGUGGCUGACGCCCUCUUACCCUAUCUCCGAGUCACGUGCACGCAGGUCAAGUCGUCACGGUGAAAGCUGCCGCGUGCCUCGCCCCGCUGUCCGCUGAACGCUCACAAAACAGCGGUGAUGGAGAGCAGCUGUACCAGAAAUCAGACUGCAGCUCCACCAUCCACAUCUAUCCACACCCAUCCACCCACCCUGGGGUAUCCGUGCCCGGGGACUAACAGGAAACGGGGAUGCUUCAAGUGACAGCCUGGUGUUUCAAACUGGCACUCUGUCACGGCGGAAUCCAACACACCCCCUCCCUUCCUCGCAGACCCCACACGGAGUCCCCACACCACACUCUCCCUAAGUUUAGUUUCUUUAGUCCCAUGAGAGUCACUGCUGAGAUGUACAUGUAUAUUUUUCUACAACUCUUUGCAUUUUCAGUAAAUAUACC